AUGUGCAUGAUCUUUGCUGGUCAUCAGGAGAAACCUUUGCGUGCAACUGUCAAACAGAUGUGUCCAGUUUUAGUGACCAAAUCUGUAGUUAAGACACUGAUUGAAUUUCUAGUCGCAAACAAUCCUUGGUAUCAGCAAUGUGGUGUUUUGUAUAGCCAAGAGAAUAAAAUCAAAGAUGACUCCAUUGAUCAAUUCCUUCCUUUGGAAUCACACAAUCCAAGUAUUUCAGACAGCAUAGAUCCUGGCGAUAUUACCAUGGAAGCGAUAGGUUUUACCAAGGGUGACCAUUCAGCAACGAGUCAAGAGAAAAUUCAACUUCAUGCGUUGUUCAUAUUGUCAAAGGCGGGCUCAUCCUUUGUCUCUGACAGCGAUCCAGGCUUGAUGUCUUUUUUAUUUCUGCACUUGGAUCCUUGGGAUAUCGGUGGAUUUAAUCAUAGUGGUUGUACAUGUCUGCAACAUAUCACAAUAGAAGCGCAAGACAAUUCACCUUUUGUCAGAGAUCCCAAUUUCGUGUUCAUCUACUGGAACAUGAUCCAGAAAAAAGAGGUUAGCACAAACAUCAAUUUUAGAAUCAGGGCAUCUUUGCAGCACACUCUGGCUGAGGAAUUAAGAGAUGUGGGACCUUCCCUUAUGAGUUUGGUGGAGAAUUUGCUGAUGUGGACAUGUUCUGUCAAUGCAAAGCCAUCUAUGACUCAGGAAAAGAAAGCUGCAAAACUUUUACGUCGUUUACAUGCAUCGGCAAGGUCGUUGAAAGGUAGUGCAGGAUAUAAAUUGUGUCAUUGCAAUGAGAUAUGCUCUCUGAUGAAAAAAUUUAGUACUCCAGCAUUGUUCAUCACUGUCAACCCUCAUGAUCUUACAAGCGGCAUGAUUCCCAUCCUUUUGGAAAUGGGGCUUGAGGAAUGGUCUUUGAUGACAUCAUUUCGAUCUCCAAAUUCAAGCAUUUAUCAACAUCAUAUUGUGAUAUAA